GUUUUUUUUUUCACGCGCCCACAUGCGUCUUCCUCGUGUUCUCUGAUCUGGAUUAGAUCACAAGAAUCUCUCUCUCUCUAGGGAAACAGUACAGAAGAGAAGAAGAUUAUAGAAGACGUUAAUGCGAUAAUACAGGAAAAGGAGUAUAAAGAGAAAAUGCUGCAAGCUAUGGAGUAAAGACGUCAUUUUCUUCUUCCUUGCGGAGAAAGUUAGAAUCUAAGAAAAAAAAGGAGGGGAUUUUGAUCUUUGACUGAAUCGUUCUUAGUUUGACUUCUACUGAUGUGAAUCCGAAGCUUCAAAGUUGAGAUUUUGAUCCAAUUUCUGCUUCGUCGGGCUCGAAAGUCGAGAAAUUUCGAUCUGGGUAUUCCGAAUCUCUGAUCAAAAAUGGAGAACGUAGAUGUUUCCAAGUACUUACACAGCUCUGUGCACAAAGCUGUUGCUUCAAGAGAUUACGCUAGCCUCAGGUCAAUACUCUCUUCUCUCCCAAAGCCACGAGAUCCUUCAGAGAUCCAAUCAGAAGCAGAUUCUCUAGCCGAGGAAGCGAAAUCCGACGCCAUCUCCGCCGUAAUCGACAGGAGAGACGUUCCAAGCCGCGACACGCCGCUCCAUUUAGCCGUGAAGCUCUGCGAUGCGAACGCAGCUGAGAUGCUGAUGGUGGCUGGAGCUGAUUGGACUCUGCAGAACGAGGAUGGAUGGAACGCAUUGCAGGAAGCUGUUUGCAGCAGGCAAGAGACGAUAGCGAUGAUAAUCGUGAGGCAUUAUCAGCCUCUUGCUUGGGCUAAGUGGUGUAGGAGGCUGCCUCGUUUGAUAGCAACUAUGAGCAAGAUGAAGGAUUUCUACUUGGAGAUGAGUUUUCACUUUGAGAGCUCUGUUGUGCCUUUUGUCUCCAAGGUUGCGCCGUCUGAUACUUACAAGGUUUGGAAAGUUGGGUCGAAUCUGAGAGCUGAUAUGACCAUGGCUGGUUUUGAUGGGUUCAAGAUUCAGCGGUCUGAUCAGAGUAUACUGUUUCUUGGUGAUGGGUCUGAGGAUGGUGAGAUUGCUCGUGGGUCGCUUUACAUGGUGAAUCAUAAGGAUAAAGAAGUGAUGAAUGCGUUGGAUGGUGCUUGUGGAGUAGCUUCGGAGGAAGAGGUCAGGAAAGAAGUUGCUGGGAUGUGUAAAAGCAGUAUCUUUAGACCCGGGAUCGAUGUGACGCAAGCGGUUCUGAAUCCGCAGACGAAUUGGAGGAGGCAGGAGAAGAGUGAGAUGGUUGGUCCUUGGAAAGCAAAGGUCUAUGAGAUGAACAAUGUUGUUGUUAGCAUUAAGUCUAGGAAAGUUCCUGGCUCAUCGUCUUCUGCUGAUAAAGAGAACGAUGUUGCAGAUGAUGAUCUCUGCGAUGUUCUAACGGAUGAAGAGCAAAAGCAACUAGAGGCUGCUCUUAAGCUGGAUUUACCAGAUUUCCCAAACGUCAAUGGUGAGAAUGGCUUGACUGAUGUGGAUUUUGGUCAGUCGAACAAGAAACCGGAGAAGAAAGGGUGGUUAGGAGGUUGGAGAAGAAAAGAGACGACUAAACAGGAGAAGCAGAUUCAGUAUGCGCCUCCGAGAAGCUCUCUUUGUGUGAAUGAGAAAGUUAGCAAUCUUCUGGGAGAUUCUAAUCAGAUAAAGCCAGGAAGACACUCAGUAGAUAAUGAGCUUAAUAGGAAGCCGAGAGCAUCAGUCUCGACUAAGACUCACCACGAGAGCGAAUACAAGAAAGGGUUACGUCCUGUUCUCUGGCUAUCUCCAAACUUCCCAUUACAAACAGAAGAGCUGCUUCCUUUGCUUGACAUACUCGCAAACAAAGUCAAGGCAAUUCGUCGUCUUAGAGAGCUUCUUACCACAAAACUUCCCACAGGAACAUUUCCAGUCAAGGUUGCUAUUCCAGUGGUACCGACGAUAAAGGUGCUUGUUACAUUCACAAAGUUUGAAGAGCUUGAGCCAGCUGAGUUUAAGACGCCUCCUUCGAGCCCGAGUGCUUCUUCUGGCUAUUAUGAGAGUCCAGCUGCUGCUACUGACUUCACCAACUCGUGGUUUCGUCGGUCUAGAUCAAACAAAGAUGGUUCGAGCAGUAAAUCGAAAACUUCACAAGAAGACCCUUUUGCUAUCCCUGCAGGCUAUACUUGGGUCAGUGUUGAAUCUAAGAAAAGGAAACAAGAGAAACAGAAACACAAACGAGGUAAAAAGGCAGAGCAAGUUAGCUAAAUCCAACGCCUAAGUCUUGAAACAUUUUUAAUACUAGAAAAAGACAUUGAAGAAGAAAGGUUUAUGCUUUUUGGAUGAAGCGACUCUGAUGGGGAAGUUGUUUGAUUCAACUUUGACUCUUUUUCUCAUCAUUCAUUUGUAACAUAAACUCAUAAAUUUGCGUUGAUUCAGGUUUCCUUUUGAUUUUUUUGGAUAAAGCGUGGUGUAAAAACAUUCAUUUUGCCUCUCUUGC